AACCCCACACCCCCCUCCUCCCUAUCUCCAAGCUCCUCCUACUCCAUCGUCAUGGCGAUGAGCAGUGAUCCUGGUUGCGUGGGUGUGGACCCCGACCCAGACUCCUUCCAGACGACUGAGAUGGCUGACAAGAUGUCGGUGGUGUCUCUACGAUCUGAUCCCUCCUCCAGUGUAGUGAAGAAUGGGACAGGUGUUAAGAAAGCUCCGCCCACAAGGCCACACCUGUCAGGCAGGAAGAUGUCGUUGCAGGAAAGAGGAACGUACGUUUCUUCUGGGAGCGGGGCUGACCGCUAUUCCCGGAUAGCCAGACAGCCAACUAUCGAGUCCAAGCGAGUGUCCAUCUCAGACUCGCAGGAUUGCAUCCAGCUUAACCAGUACAAGUUAAAGAGUGAGAUUGGGAAGGGCUCAUAUGGUGUUGUCAAGCUGGCGUACAACGAGGACGAUGACAAAUAUUACGCAAUGAAAGUGGUAUCUAAGAAGAAGCUGAUGAAACAGUAUGGAUUUCCCCGCCGCCCUCCUCCUCGAGGUCCUAAAGCAGCCCAGGGGGAGCAGCCCAAGGUGCUUGGUCCUCUAGAGAGAGUUUACCAGGAGAUAGCCAUCCUGAAAAAACUGGACCACCUCAACAUCGUUAAACUGGUUGAGGUGCUGGAUGAUCCAGCGGAAGACAACCUUCACAUGGUGUUUGAGCUGAUGCAGAAAGGCCCUGUGAUGGAGGUUCCCAGCGACAGUCCGUUCAGUGAGGACCAGGCCCGCCACUACUUCAGAGACAUUGUUCUGGGCAUCGAGUACUUGCACUAUCAGAAGAUUGUUCAUAGAGAUAUCAAACCGUCUAAUUUAUUGCUCGGAGAUGACGGCCACGUCAAGAUUGCAGAUUUUGGGGUCAGUAACCAGUUCGAGGGUAAUGAUGCCUUGCUGUCCAGCACUGCUGGUACUCCUGCCUUCAUGGCCCCGGAGACACUGUCGGACAACCGCAAGAGCUUUAGUGGAAAGGCUCUGGAUGUGUGGGCUAUGGGAGUGACCCUCUACUGUUUUGUGUAUGGGAAGUGCCCAUUUAUUGAUGAGUACAUACUGGCACUUCACAAUAAGAUCAAGAGUAAGCCGGUGGAGUUCCCUGAGAUGCCAGCUAUCAGUGAGGGGCUGAAGAUCCUGGUCACACGGAUGCUGGACAAAAACCCAGACUCCAGGAUCACCAUUCCUGAAAUCAAAGUAAAUGGACCCUGGGUGACUCAGGAUGGCACUGACCCUUUGCCUUUAGAAGAGGAGCACUGUACGGUGGUGGAAGUCACUGAAGAAGAGGUGCAGAACUCAGUGAAGUUUGUCCCCAGUCUGUCUGCUGUGAUUUUGGUCAAAGCCAUGUUAAGGAAGCGUUCCUUUGGGAAUCCGUUCGAGUGUCCCAGCAGGAGGGAAGAGAGAUCCAUGUCUGCACCCGGCAGUCUGCUCAUGGACUCUUGGCCGUUCCGGCCCUCUUUUAAACUCCAGCCCUCGUUAAGAAAAGGGAGCAGCGGAGAGGCUGGUAGAGAAGUUGAGCUCGAGGACUUGCACGAGGACGAACCACCCACCUCUUGAGAGCCUUCAUGGAUCUUGAAGAGUUCCUCAUUGUCCUUCCAUCCCUUUGAGCAGAAGAUGAUCAUGACCCAAACUGCUCCACUACACUCCGUUUCCACCGACUUGAGGCUUACCUUGACAUUGAACUGGAUUCUGCUAUUGCUAGUCAUGCUUCAGGCUUUUCAUCUUUGUGCACAAGAAUCACUUUUCCUGCCUAUGGUUCUCACGAAACCUGUCCUUGAUAAUCUGGCGGAAAACAAUUUUCUCCUUCAUACAGUACAAUUUGGAUCUUUCCAUCCUGGAAUUCCUAAUAGGCCAGGUUUGUGUGAAAAACAGUGCAUAAGACUACAGCAUGGACAAAAGAUGCUCCUACUUGGUGAGAUGUCGAUGCCAUCAUAACUUCUGUACAUGUGUAGAAAAUAACAGCAAUGGCGUCUUGCCUUUUUUUGUAUAUGUUAAUGUGCAAUUCUUAACCCUAUCCAUCGCGGCAUGCCUGAAAUACGGCCUUCUCCAUAUAAUUGGUUCCAUAUCUCUGUUGCUUUCCUUUUUUUUUUUUCACACCGUAAAAUUUCCUCAUUUCAUUCAGAUACGAUAUAUCAACACACACAGCGUCGUACUGUGAAACAAAGGGGCUUAUGUAACUACUAGACACUAAAAGAGGCUCUCGUCUGCACAUUCAGUCAAGUCUAGAAAACAGGGCUUUUCUCAUACAGCGUGUUUGAGCGCUCGGUAUAACCAUUAUCUGGAACAGGGCUUAUUUUCCGUGUUCGUGAAUGUCGCAAAUACCGCAUUCGGAUCGCACCGGAUGCAGGGCUCUCGCGUCGCAGCGCUUUGUCUCUCCGCAGGAACAGAAUGUGUCAUUGUUUACCGAGUCUUCACAUUCCAAAAGGCCUAUUUGUCAGUCAGCAGCGCUAACGGGCCCUCGAACUCACACGCAGGCAUGCCACCGAGGCUAGCGAGUGUGCGCCGAUGCGGAAAGAGAGGGAGUCACUUUCACUCAUAACAGACAAGCCAAUUGAGGGAAGGAUCUGAAUACGGUGUUUAGCCGUGCAGCGAAAGUGAACUGCCAUUCAAUGUCAUCACGGUCCCUCUCGGCCUGUAUUAACUCCGUCCAAAACAAUACGCCCUUGUUUACAUCGGAUCGUCUGCCAGGCGAACCCAUCAUCCCUUGUUUUUGAACCGCGCAUUGAAAGUACAAAGAGAGUCCAAAUGGACACGUUGACGGUCGAGAUAUUUAAUUACCAGAGUGGAGCACUCAUAUUAAUUCGAUUAUUAUGAAAUUGUCACUGUGCGCGUUUCAAUUUAAAAAGGACAGUUCACCCAGAUAUUAAAUGGCAUUAAAUGUCAGUCUGUUUGGAUCAACACAAAAACUUGCCUACCACUGUUUUAUGAAAAUGAUAUGAUGAUAUAUCUGUUCAGAAGCAGAAAUACCAUAUUUACACUGGUAUUCUAAGUAUUGCACAGUCUUGUGUUUCGGAUGCCCAGUCGUCAGGGAGAAAAGGGAAGUCAAACCAUGUUUACAUGCAUUUUUGUAUUUAAAUGCUCAAAUAUUAUUGGCCAUUUUUCAGAGACUACAAACAAAAAGUUGCAUAAAUCAAAUUACAUUGAAAUUAGUAUUCAUCAUAUCAAAAAUUUCUCUUUAUGUGAACAGGCUUUUACUCUCUUUACUCCCUACUUCUGGAACACAAAAUGAGAUAUUUAGCAGAAUGUCCAAGCUGCACUUGUAUCCUACCAUUUCCCUUUGUUUAUAUAAAAAGAGCAGCUUUUUCAGGGUGAACUGCCCCUUUAAUUCCUUUUACGAGAAUAAAAGUGGACUCAAUCAGGUCAGCUGCCAAUUAUUUCCAGUAAACCGGUUACGCAAGGAGCCAGCGCUUACCGAUGCCACUCAUUUAGAGGACUCAUUAUUGCUUAUAUGAAGACGGAUUGAUAAACCACAGUGAACCACUUUCAUUAUAUUCUCACUAAUAUCCUGAGCAGAUGGUGGUCCAUUUUUCUGACUCCUACACAUUCUUCCCUUCUUCUCCCUCUCUCUCUCUCUCUCUCUCUCUCUCUCUCUCUCUUUCUCUCGAUGACCCUCUUUUAGGCGUACACUCUUUGUAGAUUGCUUCUUACCCAAAAACCGAAUUACACAGGAAAACCAUUUUCAGUGCCAAACAACUACUGUUUUUUGGGUCUGUUUAUAUGGAGUAUUUGAUUAAAUGGAGUCUUGUUUCUGUCAUGUAUUGAGAUUCUGUAUGUGGUACUCAGGGUCUGGACUCAGCUGUUCGGGGAAUACAGAGAGAUUGGAGUAGCAUAUUCUGUGUUCAGGAGCUCUAGGGUGUGUUUAUGUGUAGAAAUUCAUCAAAUGGUUUUAAAUGGUCCCCAAACGCAUUUGUCCAUUCUGUCUCAAAUGUACAAUAGUCUUGUCAGUUACUUCUUGAUGUAUGCUAUGCACCUGUUAGUGUCUUGACGUACGGCAUGUCCUUUAACUUAUAACCUUUUACAGACUUCCCUCUAGGUUUGUUAUUCCUUUUGAUAUCUGCGUGAGACGAAACGACUAAUGUUUAAACCCCUUUAAAUUGUUUCCUGCAGGACUUUUGUAUAAGCUAAACAUAUGCAGCAAGCCAAUAUGCCAUACCUCUGUCUGAGCGAUCGACUUGAGUGUGAAGGCUUUCUUUUUCCUUUUCCAGGUUUCGGCUCAUGUGCAAUAGAUGAGGUUUGAUCAUUUGUCUACCCACAUUUACAAAGGCUUCUCUCGUUUAGAGGAGGGGAGAAAAAUGUGGCCGUUUGUAGCUGCAAAACAUUCUUGCUAUCAAAGCAUUAUGCUUUUUUUAAUUUCCCUUUCUUGAUUUAAAAGUAUAUCAGAAUUGUAUAUAAAUCGUAGAACACUGUCUCACUCAUACCCACAGUUCGAACUGCCCAGUUAUUUGUGUCAGAGUGCCUGAUUUUACUGGUUAUUUAAAGACAUCUGUAUUCUGCUGCAUUGAUCUGAAUGUAAACAUAAAAAAAAAAAAAAAAAAAAAAAACAGACAAAAAAGAGCAUGUCCCGAGAAAGCACUGAAUGCAACUCUUACUAUGUAAAUAUGUACCAAAGUAUAAAGCAUAUAAAGAUGCUAUUUUUUGCAUGCUUUUUGUACACAUAGACAUAAUCAAAGACAAUAAAAAUAUCACAGGUGA